AUGACUGAGACAAAUUGUAGAAAACAAGGGUUCAAAAAAUGUCGGAGUGCUACUUUCAACAUUGAUGGAUUUAGUUUCACUAUACUUGCUAAUGAAAAGACUGAUCGAAAUCCACGACCAGUUCAAAGAUUUGCACGUUCAAAAUCACAGACCUCUUUGCGGCACAGUGGUGCAAGAUUUGAAGGGAAAGAUGAAAAAAGGAAAGAAAAAGUAGGAAAUGACGUUGAUUCACGGAAUCCAGACGAAAUCCUAGAGGAAGAGUUCCUCUCUGUUGAUAACCCAGAUGCUUUGGAAAAGGCCGCGAUCAGAUUGCGAACCUUGGUCAAACAGCUGGAGCGAGGUGAAGCUUCAGUCUCAGACCUGAAGAAGAAUUUAGACUAUGCAGCUACAGUGCUUGAGACAGUCUACAUUGAUGAGACACGGCACCUCCUGGAUACGGAGGAUGAACUCAGCAAUAUCCAGUCUGAAUCUGUUCCAUCGGAAGUCCGUGACUGGCUGGCUUCUACUUUUACAAAACAAAUGGGGUUGAUGCUGAAGCGAACAGAGGAAAAGCCAAGGUUCCGCAGUAUUGUGCAUGCGGUACAGGCUGGGAUAUUUGUUGAAAGAAUGUACAGGCGAACAUCAAAUAUGGUUGGACUAAGUUAUCCUCCUUCAGUCAUCGAUGUAUUAAAGAAUGUAGAUAAAUGGACCUUCAAUGUUUUUGCACUGAAUCAAGCCAGUGGAGAACACGCACUCAAAUUCAUUGUUUAUGAUCUAUUCACCAGAUAUGACCUCAUCAGUCGUUUCAAGACUCAGCAGCACACUUUGGUGAGCACACAAUUGACACGCCUGUGCAAUGAAGAAAUGUCCAAGGACUCUGACUCCCAGGAACUGCGAGCCUUGGUAAUUGAGAUGGUGUUGGCAACUGACAUGUCUUGCCACUUUCAACAAGUGAAAGCUAUGAAGAAUGCAUUGCAGCAACCUGAGGGGAUUGAUAAACCAAAAGCCUUUUCCUUGUUGCUGCACACAGCUGAUAUCAGCCAUCCAACAAAAGCCUGGGAGAUGCAUCAUCGUUGGACCAUGGCAUUGUUGGAGGAAUUCUUCAGACAGGGUGACAAAGAGGCUGAACUGGGGCUUCCUUUCUCUCCGCUCUGUGAUCGCAAUUCAACAAUGGUAGCUCAGUCCCAAAUAGGUUUCAUUGACUUUAUUGUGGAGCCAACAUUUUCCGUUUUGACUGACAUGACCGAAAAGAUUGUGACCCCCCUCAUUGAAGAAGCGUCCCGCUCCAGUGCCAGUGGAUUUCGGCGAGCCAGUGUGCACAGUAUUUCAUCUACUGAAGUGAAACGGACAAACUUGAAAAAUAUACUGUCUGAAGGAAAUUCUUCUAUGAAUUCUUCCCUGCUUGCUGUGGAUAUGAAGAACUUUAAAAGUAUCUGGAGUGAAAUAUUGCAACAAAACCGUGAAAAAUGGAAAGCAUUACAUGCAAAAGAUACUGAAGAAAAAGCUAGAAAAGAAGCUGAAGAAAAGGAAAGAGCAGAGGCCCAGGCAGCUCUUGAGAAGAAAGGGCUUCGGAUUUACAGAGAACAAAUGGCGUCACAGGAAAAGGAAAAUGAAGAAAACAAAAAAGACUGGAGAACGAGUUUCAUCUCGAAUUCUAAAAAGGAUGUAAGCUUUUGGAAACCUGAGAAAGGAACUGGCUCUCUGUCAGAAGGCAGAGCACGUCUUAUGCAGAAUGGGAAGAUAAGCAUUGUCAGUGCCGAGUCCACGGAUUCCAGUCAGGAAAGGGACCAAAAGAGCGCAGGAGAUCUUUUACCACAACUUGCUACCAGGCUCCGAGUCUUCAAGCGUCCCAACUAUUGUGCCUGCAAAUUCACACCGCAGCACAAAAAGGCACAAAAUGAUUCAACUGAAGCAACUGAAUUUGUAGACCAGAGAAGCAAGAUGAAAAAACUGCAGCACAUCUCUCUUCUUUACAGUAGCUAA